GUUCAACCAAAGAAUUGAAAGCUUGGGGUUUACGUGUUAGUGUAUUUAAGCCGAGUGCUUCGAUUGUUUUGACAUUUUCAUAUCUUGUGGAACUUAAAUCGGAGACUAAUUGAGCUGUUUAUGUGGCGUAUCAUGAUAUUGCUACCCGCAGUCCUAGUUAGCUAGCUGACUCAUGCCUCAUAUGUUGGUUGCAUCCAGAAAUGUCAAUAUAACUCCCUAUAGCUAUACCGAUGACAACUAACUCAAUAGUAUAUCACUGCUCCUAAUGUGGAAUAUGACAUAAUGUGUACGCAGUAUACAUAUGCAUGUUACUAACACGCAAAUUAUGUGUCAAUACUUAACUGGUUUUCUAGAUAUUUGAAAUAUAAUAUAUUUGAUAAUUGUCUCAAAAUCGCGUCCAUAAGAAGACCAUAUGCCGUCGUAUGUACUAUCGCGACUUAUCGUUAUGGCCGGGCAAACACUGACAUGGGAGCUAAAGUUUCCUGGGCGGCUCCUUUUAUCUCCAGUAUCGGUAGGUUUGCCGCGCAUCCGAGCGGCUGGGAAAAAGGACCGCAUUGAUCUCGACAGCCUAAAUGAAGAGCACUUGGAAGAGCAGUUCGUCAGAGGAUCCGGGCCAGGGGGACAAGCAACUAACAAAACCUGUAACUGCGUGGUUCUUAAACACAUCCCAUCUGGCAUUGUGGUGAAGUGUCACCAGACCAGGUCUGUGGACAUGAACAGGAAAAAGGCUCGGGAGAUCAUGCAGGAGAAGCUGGAUAUUUUCUACAAAGGUGAAGACAGUGGUGUCCUCAAACAGAGGAAGGAGCAGGAGUGGCGGAAGCUGGAGAAAAGGAAGAGGGCGAGGGAAACGUUGGAGAAGAAACGACUGUUUAAGGAGAACGUCCUAGCAGAUUCCAAACAGGGGGAAGACACCAGAUGACGUGUCUCCGGAAUUUUUCCCUAUUAGGCCAAAUCUUAUUAUCUGUGCAGAGCACUUAGGCAGAGUGUAACAGCUUUGGAUAGAGUGGACUAAUGUGUUGUGACCAUUUUUUUUACUUUGGCUGUAAUAUAAAUAUAUCUGCAAAGGGUUAUUAAACAGGACAUUUUAAGACUGUAAGUAAAAAUAAAGAAAUGUCCAAAGCUCA